AUGAUUUGGAUUGACUUCUUCAGGGAAAUAAUCUUGCUUUCUCUUACUGGACCUGGCAUUGGGGGAAACUUCUAUUUGUUUGCCAGCCGUGUGUACAUUUUUGUCACGGGUCCCAAGAAGAAGCCCGUAGACCUUAUCCUCAUCCACCUGGCUUUUACUAAUACAAUGACACUUUGUGCCAGAGGCAUCUUUGAUAUGAUAGCUUUUCAUUUCAGUAACUUUGUAGAUAGUGCCGGUUGUAAAACUAUGUUGUAUCUGGAGAGAGUGGCCCGUGGUCUCUCCAUCUGCACCACGUGUCUCCUCAGCAUGGUCCAGGCUGUCACCAUCAGCCACAGGGCCUCCUCGUGGAGAAAGCUCAAGCCACAGACUGCAUGGCAAGUCCUUCCCUUUCUUCUCCUCUUCUGGAUCUUUAAUUCCCUCAUCAGCUCCAACUUGCUCUACUACAUCACAGCCACCGAGAGCACGAAUGGAUCCGUAAUCACACCGUAUGUCGGCUAUUGCUCUAUACAGCCCUCUGGGCUAGCAGUCAGGUGGCUUUUCCUGACUCUCAUGGCUCUGCGGGACAUCAUCUUUCAGAGCCUCAUGGGCUGGAGCAGUGGGUACAUGGCUUUCCGUCUGCAUAAGCAUCACCAGAGUGUGCUAUACCUUCAGAGCUCCAGAUUUCAGAGAAAUCCCAGCCCAGAGAUGAGAGCUACGCAGAGGGCUCUCAUUCUCAUGACCUGUUUCCUCCUCUUUUAUUGGGCAGAUUUCAUUGUCUCCUUCUGCAUCGGCUCCUUGUUGACCAAGGAUUACACAGUGUUAAGUAUUAAACUAUUUCUAACACCUGGUUACGCCAGUCUCAGCCCCUUUUUGCUGAUCAGCAGGGACGUCUGCAAGCCCACCUGCCGGAGAGCUCGCUGA